UAAAUUGUGGGGUAUUCCUGUAUGUGCGACAUGCCUGGGUGACGUAUCAUCAUUCGAGGUGAGCAUCUCCAACCCGGGGCUAAUUGGACAUGCCGAAAUUUGCCUAUAUGAAUAUAGCUUAAAUGCUAACAUUUCUAAAUAUACGCGUCCAGUUAAUCUCAAUGCUUAUCUAAAGUUUUUAGAUUUUGCCGAACUAUCUGAUAAGUUAAACUCGUGUAUCAUUUCAUUGCUGCCAUUAACAUUAGUUAUUGUGGGCACAUUCCGUGGCUACAACAAAUAA